GCAACCGGUUUGAAGCCAACGACAUUAAACGCUCGGUCAUGGAAGCCACGAUCUCAAGUAACAUCGCAAUGAAAUGAUUACAAAGUUCACCUGACAUUAAGUCUUAUCUUAUCAGACGAAAUACCUUCCUUUACUGUUGUCAACACAUACGAGUGGAAGCCAGAAAUGGGUCUGACAGGAAUAUUUGUAUCAACGUUCCUUUUCCAAGUCGUGUUUGGCUAUUACACACUCCAACAGCUGUCAUAUACACAGCUUGCGACAAGCAUUAAUAGAGGGGUGUAUGUAUAUGGUGGUGUUAACCUUGGUACGGCGACAGAUUCCGCUUACGAUGCCGUGAACCACGUUGUCUAUAUCAUAGGAGAGACGAGUCACUUUAUGCACGUUGUUGAUAUUGCUAACCCUUCGAAUCCAGUAGUGUUAUUUAUACACGAGUUCACGAAAGGAGAAGGCGUUCCCAGUUCUAUUGACAUUUGUGGCAACCAGAUAGCAGUGGCCCUAGCUGCCCAAACGGACGUUAAUGAAGGCCAUGUCCGUUAUUACGAAACACACACGAGAGGUUCAGGGGAUACAAAUAUGAUACUCGAUGGCUAUGUCACAG